AAUCAACACCCUCGGCUCGGCCGCGCAUGCGCUCUCCCUCCCAACGGAGCACGCCGGGAGUUGUGGUGCGGGCAGGCCGCGCCCAUGGCGGAGCGGGACGGGGCCGGGGCCGGCGGGGCCGGCGGGGCCGGGGGCGGCCCGCGGGGUGCGGCUCCCUCCCCUCCCGCCCCCUCCGGGGACCCCCCCUCCGGGGAGCCCCCCAGCGCUCCCGCGGCUGCCGCUGCCCGCCGGGAGGAGGCGGAGCAGGACGCCAAGCCUCCGGUCCCGGAGCCCGAGCCGGGCACUUCGGCCGACGCUGACAUGGAGCUGCUGCGGACGCUGCUGGCCCGGACCCUGGGGCUCGGCGGGGACAGAGCGGAGCCGGUGCUGGACGAGCUGAGCCUGGCGGGCGUCAGCCGCUUCCUGGGCAGCCCGCGGUGUAAGAACGUCAUCUGCAUGGUGGGCGCCGGCAUCUCCACCUCUGCCGGGAUCCCGGAUUUCCGCUCCCCCGGCACCGGGCUCUACUCCAACCUGCAGAGUUACAACCUCCCCUACCCCGAGGCCAUCUUUGAGAUCGGCUUCUUCAAGAAACACCCAGAGCCCUUUUUCGCCCUUGCCCGCGAGCUCUACCCGGGGCAGUUCAAGCCCACCGUGUGCCACUACUUCAUGCGGCUGCUGCAGGACAAGGGGCUCUUGCUGCGCUGCUACACCCAGAACAUCGACACCCUGGAGAGGGUGGCGGGGCUGGACCCGGAGCUGCUGGUGGAGGCUCACGGCACCUUCUUCACCUCCCACUGCCUGCGGGCCUCGUGCCGCCAGCGCUACAGCCUGGCCUGGAUGAGGGAGCGGAUUUUCUCCUCCCUCAUCCCCAAAUGUGAGAAGUGCCAGGGACUGGUGAAACCUGACAUUGUGUUUUUUGGGGAGAACCUCCCCUCACGCUUCUUCGCCCUCCUGGAGUCGGACUUUGAGAAGGUUGACCUGCUGCUCAUCAUGGGCACCUCAUUGCAGGUGCAGCCCUUUGCCUCCCUCAUCAGCAGCUGCCCCCCCUCUUGUCAACCCGUUUGUCUCCCCCAGAGUGACCCCCUGAUGUCCCUGAUGGGCUUUGGUGGCAUGGACUUUGACUCAGACAAGGCCUACAGGGACGUAGCCUGGCUGGGGGACUGCGACAGCGGGUGCCUGGCUCUGGCUGAACUGCUGGGCUGGAAGGAGGAGCUGGAGGAGCUGGUGCGGAGGGAACACGCAGCCAUCGAUGCCAAGGCGGGGCACAGCGAUGGGGGUGCCCCCCAAAAGCACCGGGGGGAUGAGGACAAGGACGGGGGGAACCCCAAAAAGAGCCUGGGAGACAAGGAAAAAGAUCAAAGUGACCCCGAGAAGAGCCUGGCGGGCAAGGCCGAGGCUGAAAAGGACCCAAAAAAACCCCAGGGGAACGAGGACAAGACUCAAAAUGACCCAGAAAAGUCGCAGCGGGGCAGUGAGGACCCUCCCCAUGGCACAGGGGGGACAACUCAAAAUUAAAUGGUCACAGAGGAG